UCUGGCGCUUUCGGCUCUUUCCGCUCCGACCUUUCCAGGCGGUCCUCCGGGGCCUAAUGUCGCCCCGCCCCUGCGCCCGGCCUUGAGAGAAGUUCCGGAACCCGGACGCAGGCGGGGUCUUGGGUGCGCAGCCCCCGCGUAGUGCUCAGAUAAGAAUAUCAGAUGGCAUCUGGGGAUUUCUGCUCACCUGGAGAAGGGAUGGAACGACUCCAACAAGUGUGCAGCAAACAGCUUCUUCCUUGUAACCUGAGUGAAGAGGACCUGUUACAGAACCCACACUUCAGCAAACUGCUACUGAGUCUCUCACAACACGUGGAUGAGAGUGGCUUAAGCCUCUCCCUGGCAAAGGAGCAGGCUCAGGCAAGGAAGGAAGUUCAGCUGCAUAAGACAACAUGGCUGAGGUCUGAGAUUUUACAGCGAGUCAUCCAGGAGUUGCUUGUGGACUACUAUGUGAAGAUACAAGACACAAAGUUAACUUCUGAGGACAAAAAGUUUCAUGAGACCCUUGAGCAGCGGCUACUUGUAACUCAACUAACACAGCUCUUAGAUCCUAGCCAGGAGAGAGAGAUGCCUCCACUGCUAGGACUGGAGAAAGCAGACCUUCUGGAGCUCAUGCCGCCCUCAGAGGAUUUUGUGUGGAUGAGAGCUCGGCUCCCACUCGAAGUGGAGGAGCAGCUCAAGAAGAAAUGUUUCACUCUACUUAGCUAUCAUGAUCCCAAUUGCGAUUCAGACCAUGAAACCCUGAAGGCAGCAAAGGUAUGGAAACUGGCGGAGAUCCUGGUGAGUGAGAAGCAGCAGUGCCAGGAUGCCAAGAGCCAGCAGAAGGAACAGAUGGUGCUGCUGGAGAAGAAGAGUGCCACCUACUCCCAGGUGCUUCUCCGCUGCCUCGCCUUACUGCACAGACUUCUUCAGGAGCACCGGCUGCAGACUCAGUCUGAGCUAGACUGCAUCAAUGCCCAGUACCUGGAGAUCAAGUGCAGUGCCAUGAUCCUUAAGCUGAGGAUGGAAGAGCUAAAGAUUUUGUCCGACACUUACACUGCUGAGAAAGUGGAAGUUCAUCGUCUCAUUAGGGACCGUUUGGAGGGGGCCAUUCGGCUACAAGAACAGGACAUGGAGAAGUCCCAACAGGUCCUAAACACCUAUGAGGUCCUUGGGGAGGAGUUUGACAGGCUGGUAAAAGAGUACACCCAACUCAAGCAGGCAACUGAGAACAAGCGCUGGGCACUCCAGGAGUUCAACAAGGCCUACCACUGAACGUUGGCAGGCCAAGAGGCAUGGCUUGUGCAUUGGCGCUGCUUCCUCCUCUUCCUUUUAAUUGGUGCUAAAAGGAUCACCUCCACCUGGGGCUAUCUUCACUCAGAGGAGCGUAGGAACAAUUGCUCCAAACACUGCAGUCAUUUAGGCACCUUUCUGGUUUCCCUUCCUUGUUUACUAUGACUGAAUCUCUUCUGGAAAAUGUAGCCGACUUAUAUAAUUUUAUGUACAGUUAUUUUUCAGUGUAUAUUAUACUUGAUUAUCUCCUGAAUAAAGUAACAUUGAGUCUUA